UUCAAGACAUUUUUACAUCACCGAUCUCUCCCGUCUAAACAGAUCCUGGAUGCUCGCAAAUACUGCGCUGAAAAUGGAACUUGAUAAAACCAUCUUGAUCCAUUAAUCCGGGGGUAAAAGCGUGUCAGUUAAUUAGCAAACCACACAACCAUUGAAACAUGUGGAUAAAAGCUGAUAUGGAUCAUCUGUGAAAGAGCAAACCCAUUUGCUUCCAACUGCUAUUUACAGACACAAGGAGAGUCACACUACCCAAUUAUUAACGCUGAGAAACCUGCUCCCAAAGCUUCUCUUGUAACUCUGAAUAAAAAUGAGUGGGGCUUUUGCCAAGCUGGACCCAAGGCGAGUCCAAUGGGGCUCCACGUGGCACUCCUUUCACUCACGGAUCCUGCGCACCAAGCCAGUGGAGUCAAUGCUGGACGGUGCAGGCAACGACGCACCUCACAGCACCAAACUGGCACGAGUGCUCACCACAAUGGACCUGGUCUCGUUGGGAGUUGGCAGCUGCGUGGGCACUGGGAUGUACGUGGUAUCUGGACUGGUUGCCAAGGAAAUGGCCGGGCCGGGAGUCAUCAUGUCCUUUAUCAUUGCAGCCGUAGCUUCCAUCCUGUCAGGGGUGUGCUAUGCUGAGUUUGGUGUGCGGGUCCCCAAGACGACAGGAUCAGCCUACACCUACAGCUACGUGACAGUCGGGGAGUUUGUAGCUUUUUUCAUUGGCUGGAACCUCAUCCUGGAGUAUCUGAUUGGCACAGCUGCGGGUGCCAGUGCCCUCAGCAGCAUGUUCGACUCCCUGGUCAAUCACACCAUCAGCCACUUCAUGAUAAACCAUGUGGGCACUCUAAACGGCUUGGGCAAAGGAGAGGAGUCAUACCCAGACCUCCUGGCCCUGGUCAUCGCUAUCCUGGUGACGGUGGUCGUGGCACUAGGAGUGAAGAAUUCCAUCGGGUUCAACAACGUCCUCAAUGUUAUUAACCUGGUGGUGUGGGUCUUCAUCAUGAUCGCUGGACUCUUCUUCGUCGACGUCAGCAACUGGGACAAUGCAAACUUUCUUCCUUUCGGAUGGUCAGGGGUUUUACAAGGGGCAGCCACCUGCUUCUAUGCCUUUAUCGGUUUUGAUAUCAUCGCUACCACAGGAGAAGAAGCUAAAAAUCCCAACACUUCCAUUCCGUACGCAAUCACUGCCUCUCUGGUGACCUGCCUCACUGCAUACGUCUCUGUGAGUGUGAUUUUGACCCUGAUGGUUCCCUACAACGACAUUGAUGCAGAGUCCCCUCUCAUGGAGAUGUUUGUGGUCCACGGAUUUUAUGCAGCCAAGUACGUUGUGGCCAUUGGCUCCAUCGCUGGGUUGACUGUGAGUCUCCUGGGCUCCCUCUUCCCCAUGCCCAGGAUUAUUUAUGCCAUGGCUGGAGAUGGUUUGCUCUUCAGGUUUCUGGCCAACGUGAGCAGCUACACAGAAACACCAGCUGUGGCCUGUGUCGUGUCCGGCUUCCUGGCCGCCCUGUUGGCCCUGCUGGUCAGCCUCAGGGACCUAAUAGAGAUGAUGUCCAUCGGCACCCUACUAGCCUACACACUGGUGUCUGUGUGUGUCCUGCUGCUGCGCUACCAGCCAGAGAACGAUAUCGACGGCUUUGUCAAGUUCCUCUCUGAGGAACACACCAAGAAGAAAGAAGGGAUCCUAGCUGAGUGUGAGAAGGAGGCCUGCUCUCCAAUGAGUGAGGGUGAGGAGUACGGUGGACCACCAAGCAACACUUGCGGGGCCAAAAACUUGCCAUCCCUUGGAGACAACGAAAUGUUGAUUGGCAAGUCUGACAAAACCAAUUACAAUGUCAAUCAUCCGAACUACGGUACCGUGGAUAUGACGUCAGGGAUAGAGACUGAUGAAUCAGAGAAUAUAUACCUUAUUAAGCUGAAGAAGCUGAUUGGUCCUCGCUACUAUACCUUGAGGAUUCGGCUGGGCCUGCCCAGUAAAAUGGAUCGGCCCACCGUUGCCACCGGCCGUACUGUCACCAACUGUGUCAUGCUGCUUUUCAUCCUGAACGUCAUCUUCUGCUCCUUCAUCAUCUUUGGCUCCGACUACAUCUCGGACCACAACUGGUGGGCUGUUCUCCUCGUGGUCCUCAUGGUUGUGCUGAUCUGUGCCCUGGUCUUUCUCAUCCUACAGCAGCCAGAGAAUCCCAAGAAGCUCCCAUACAUGGCACCAUGUGUCCCCUUUGUGCCAGUCUUCGCCAUGCUGGUCAACAUUUACCUCAUGCUCAAGCUUUCCGGUAUUACCUGGAUCCGUUUUGCAGUCUGGUGCUUCAUUGGCAUGUUGAUAUACUUCGGCUACGGGAUAUGGAACAGCACGCUGGAGAUCUGCGCCAGGGAAGAGAUCUUUCAACAGAGUACUUAUCAGCGCUACGACGGAGGCGUGGAUGAUAGCUUCACUGUGGACGAUGGCUUCGGCUACCCAGAGGAGGGGGGCGGCCAACACCAGGACUGGGGUGCUCCGGAGGACCAGGGGUACCAUUACCAGCAGCAGCCAGCCAUGCCUGACAGUGUAGACAACAGGACCUCGCACAGCAGUGAACCCAAAAGCAAAGGAAAAUCUAGUCGGAAUUCUAAAGCCCUGAUCGCCAAUGAGGAGCUAGAUUACUCACCAGAGUAAAAAUGUAUUCGAAUGAGUUUAAUGUUAAAGCAACCCUUGGGCUAGAAUGUUUGCUAUUUUUUAUUUUGAAAGAUUUUUUAUUUUAUUAUAUUUUUGGCUAUAUAUUUAUUUGGAUUUUUACAGACCUCAGGCAGCGUUCUAUAGUUAAACAGUGUUUGAAGCUAUUUGGAAAAUCCAGGAUUCAGUUUGCCCAUAGGAGAUUCAUACCCCAAUAAUCGCAGAAAAUGUAACUGUUAGGGUUAGCUCAAUUUCCAAGAAACUGCUGCAUUGGUUUCCAGCCUGCAUUUGGUUUAAAACAUGAAAGUUCUAGAAAAGUUUUACUUUAAUUUAUGGUUUACUUUAUUGCUUUCACAGAAAAUACUGAUGUAAUGCUUAUCUAGAGCUCUUUACUGUAACCCCACCUUGGCAAUUUGUCUUAGAAUUGGUUAUAUGGGAAGCAUUGGUUCAUGUCUGGCAUUAGUUUAAUCUAGACAGUUUUGAAAAUGUAUGACAUACUUGACUACCAGUAUAGGUGGAAUUAAUGUUAAAGCAGGAGUUGGGUAUCUACCUAAAGUUGUUUCCUCUACUGCCUUUACAUGACAUCUAGCCCAAGGGUGUGUGUGUGUGUAAACAAAUAGUAACUGGACUUUGCUUGCAAUAGUGCCUUCAUGAGUCAGUGUUGUGUGCGUUAAUGUUUCCCCUAAUUAUCCUCCGGAGAUAGUUCUACUGUAUCUGGGAAAAGGGACAGCUUUAAGGUAUUAUUUUUGGACUGGGUUUGUGCAUUUUAUCUAUGGAAAUGUACCUCACUGUUCUAAACCCUAUUUAAACCCUGUCCUUUGCAAGCAUAUGUAUAUUGAUAACAGUCCGAUGUACAAGUCAAAGGGUGAGUGAAAGUUAAAUGUGACUUGCUUGUAUUUCUCCUCCAAAAAAAAAGAAAGCAUGAUUAGGAGUUUAAUGGCUGCACUGGAUAUUGGCUGUGUCUUAAUUUGCAGUGUUUUCUAUAGCCAUCCACCUUCCUGUUGGGCAGUCUCCAUUCCUAAUUCCUAGGAGGGGCUACUAUGUCCCUUUGUUUUUUCCAUACCUCAAGCUGUUUACAUUUUCCGGAAGUAUGUUGAUGUUGAAAUGCAUGUCAAAGCAAAAAGGGAUGCAGGCGAUUUAGGGAAUGGCCUCAGUGCUCUUCCAUUUUUUGUUUUAGGUGUUUUCACUUACAUCAAAUGGCAGGUAAUUAAUUAAAGAGUCAGGUGGGACGUAUCAGUAGUCAGAUACCUUUGUAAGAAUGUGGAAGCUAUUCUAAUCACUUUAAUUAAUCCAUGUUAUUAAUGAUACUUGACAACAGUGAGUAAAGUCAAACAAACUUAUUAAUUAAGCUUACGUUAUUUGAUUAUUAGCCUCUAUUGAUUACUGCUAAUACAGAAAUACACAGUUAUUGCAAAUCUAUUCCUAGAUGCAAUAUACAACUCAGCUAGUUUUGAAACAGUUACAGAGUAGGUGAGCAAUAUCUACCUGAACUGGGGGUUAUUCUUUCAGGAACAGGAGUGAAGGAUGUCCUCUUGAAUCUCCCGAAUAGCCCAAGAAAUGUAUCACUCUGCCAUUUAAACAACCUUGCUAGGACUGGCUUGUUAUUGUGGUCCACACCCUAUGUACAUAAACUUUCAUAACCCUUAUUUCAAACAUACAAUUUGACCCUUCACCUCCAAUAAUAAGUGAGAUUACAUAAUUUCUCAUUAUUGCUGUAGUUACAUGUUUUGUGCUUACACAGCAUUUAAUUAAUGGAAGAAACAAGGUUUCUCAGGUACAGCAUGAAGUGUAGAGUUCCUGUUUUAUUCUUUAGAAAUGAUAAAGCCCUAUAAAACAUCACAACAUUUCCAAAAAAGGUAUCAUUAGGUUGUGAACAGUGGUGUGGUGCUAUAUUUAGAAGUGAGGGGUCUCUAUUAUUUGAAACUGAAGUGCCUCAGUUUGCAAAAAAAAAAAAGAUGUCGAGGGCCACAGUAGUUUAUUUGCUUGUUGCGAUUGAGUUUUAUCUUUUAAAUAAAUGUUUAGCUUAUUUUAUCUACACUAUUUCUUAUAUAUGGGUCGAAAAAUAAGAACUGUUCCAAGUAUUACAUCUAAUUGUAAAACGCUGACACCUCAGCACAGCGUUGAUACAGGUCCCUAUCACCUCUCUACAUUAUUCACACCUGUUGUUCCAGACCAGGCACGCUAUAUUCAAACUUUUUUCAUUAUUUCUCUCAAUGGUUU